AUGGCGGAAGUACUAUCUCCUCUGCCCUCGCCGCCUAGCUCCAUCAACAUGCUGCACUCGCGUCCUUCGUCUUCGGACGCAUACCAAGCCAACCAUCAGAGAGUCGGCUCCACUCCGAGGACCAACUAUCGCAGUUCGCCCUCGGCCGCUCCAGUGCAGCCUUAUGCAUUCCAAACUACUCCUCAUCUGAGGCAGGAGUCUCGCACCAUCUCAUCUUCUUCAAACGUGCCUCAGACCCAGCAAAAGGGCCACAAGAGCACCUCAUCUACCUCGACCACCUCUUCGGCCGAUCUUACAUCCAAAACACCCCCGCUGAGCCCUGGCAAAGACGCCUUUAUCAACCUUUCUUCCACCAUUCCCGAUCUCUCUUUGACAUCGUUUGAAACGACGCCAAAAUCUUCUCCUAACAGAUACCGCCGAACUCCCCAGCGCGCUGACUCCAACCAUUCACUACAAAAGGCAUCCUCGCCGGCUUCGUCAGUUGACAAUCUGUUGACACCGCCAGCUCCUCAACUCAAUCGCACCGCCAGCGAUGACAUUACCGUCACCAAGUCUAGCACAUCCGAAUCAGCGAAGAGAUAUCGCCGACGAAGCCUAAACAGUCUGGAAAUGAGUAAACUGGACGAUGGCUCUCAGCGUCCCUCCUCGCAAGGCAGUGCCACCAUUCGACCUGUUUCCUUCCAUUCGCGGACCAGCAGUGGCGACAGCACUGGAAGAAGAGUGCCGUCUUCUUCCACGCCUCCUCCUGCCGAAUCAGGUAGAAUUUCUCCCGCAGCAUCCGGCAGUCCUGUGAAACUCCCUAUCCGGGGAACCGCAACAAACCCAUCUCCACUCUCCAAGUCUCCCAUUACGCGCACACCACAGUCGCCUGAUGAAGAGACUCCCAGACGCGCACCACAGAGUCCGGCAGCUCAACAGCUUGCUCAUCUGUCUGCCAAUGAUCUCAACAGGGGCAUGAGAUCACGUUUCAGACGAGCAUUCUCCUUCGGUGCCACGCAGGAGCUGCGAAGAUCUAGUGAGAACUUGCCUCCUCAAGGUCCCAUCAACCCCCUUGAUGAGAUGAGUCCUGAACAGGCCGCUAUCGCUAGACAACAAGAAGCUGCUGGCAUUGGUUCCAGUAUCUAUACUGGUCAGGGCGGCUUCACUGGCUCGACUGAUAACCUAUCCAUCUCUUCGACCGCUUCCUCUGCCUCCAUGAUGCUUCGUAAGAUGGGCAAGGGCAUGAAGAAGGGCGGUCGCUCCAUCAAGGGACUAUUCAGACCAAAGUCUGUGAUCGGAGUCCCUGCAGCCGAUGGACCUGUUCAACCUAGCAUGGCACAGGUAUCCAUGGUCACAGUCGAAGCGGAGAGACGAAAUGUCAACGUCAACGCACAUCCUGCCGAGCAACCUUCCGGAGGAACCGGCUUCCCCAAGCUGGAAAAGAACUCGAUUGAUACUGCUCGCAAGUCCAUGGACGGCCGCAAUGACUCUAUGCGUAAGAGCAUAGUAGGAAAUGAUGCGGAAAGAGCAGAAGUGCUGGCUGCAGUCAAAAAGGGUAUUCUCAAGCGCGCUGGCACUGGCUCGCCUAUGGCUUCACCCGAUUUACGUCCCCGCGACGGUACACUCUCGACCGAUUCGCACAGCCCAGCGUCCAGUAUCCCUACCACACCGAGAGAUGAGCGCGGUUCCCGAAGCAUGUCAUCAACCACAAGUGACUACUUCAACAACCGCCUUGGUAUCUCUGCGGCCAAGAGCAUGCCCAACACUCCUCAAGGAGGUUCGCGCAAUAUCAGCUUUAGCCCUCGCAUUCAGUUUUACGAUGCCUGGUCAGCUUCCGACUAUGAUCGCCGUGGUGACAUUGCAACAUGCAAUCGUCUGACUCCAAUGCUCGCCCAGCAGAUCAAGGAGGAACUCAACACUUUCAAAAUGGAGAUGGAGGUGCACGAGCUGUCCAAGCCCCACACGCAUUUUUUCUAA